CCAGAUAUUGCUAUACAUUACACUAUUUUGAAAGGAGGCUUUGAGUCUUUGCUUUGCAUGAACUACAUUUUGAAAUGUGCUCAAUGUUCAAACCUGCUCGGAAUAGGAGAUUUUAUGCAGGGAAAAGAUAAAAUGAUAUGUGCCAUUGAAGAACAGAAGAGAGUCUCGCUUUUCCUUGUAGGAGACGUUAUUGACAGAACUGUUCUAAAAUUGCUGGUAUAUGAGUAUUAUUUACUUCUAUUCGACCUUUUUUGUUUUUUCUUCGUCUUCUUCUUUUACAGCACAAGUUUUUCCCUAUUAUGAUGAUAUACUACAAAACCUCUCUUCAUGAAAAGCAAAAAGAUGCAAAAUUGCUAGCAGCAAGAUAUACUUAUACCGAUGAUGAAGAGGAAGAAGAUAAUACGCCACUGAGUCAUUAUUUAAAGAUGUCCAAUCAUGCUAAAGAAUUACAACAUCAAUGGAAACAGCAAAGAGAAAGAAUUAAACAAUAUUACAAUAAUGCUACUAUCAAUAACAACAAAGGCCUGAUCCAUUCUGUUCCCCCUGCUUCAUUCGAUAAAAGAAGAAGUUCAUCCCCUACAACCACAAAGCCCUUCUCGCCUUCUUCUUCACCUCUCAUACCGACAUCCACCAUGUUAUUAUUACUGAAUCAAGGAACAAAUUCAACUGCAAGUUCAUCAGACGAUAACGACGAUGAGGAAGAUUCAAUUCCAAUUGCCUUAUUACAUGCCACGAGUCAACCGUCUAGACGAUUGUCAGCUGCUGAAAAAUAUAAAGAAAACGUGAAAAGAGCACAGCGACUGCAACGACAACAAGAGCAACAGCAUUCGAACAGAAGAAAACACAAUAGUGUCUUACUACUAGAAGACUUUCAGAAUUAUGCUUUCCUGACAUGAUCCUAAAAAUUCUGGUCUCUUUGACUCCCAUUUCAAAUUAUUGAAGUGCUUCGCAGGGCAACGGAAAUCCGUUUACAGCCGAAGCAAAGGACUGGUCGCAUUUCUUUUUUUUUUUUCUUCUUCCUUUUUUUUUAUUGUUGUUGUUGAUAUUGUGAAGCAGUUGAAAAAGAAUUUAAGGACUUUCGGUGCCUUUAUUGAUUGAGAACUCCAAGAAUAAACUCUUGUCUCUUAAAACAGUAUGAACGAUUUAAGAACUUUGUUCAACACUAUUUGAUUAUCAAGAGUCUUUCUUGUCUUUGGUACAAUAACACAAGUUCAAAAAAAAACCAGAAACAUCACAGGGAGUGCACAUAUCUAACAGUUUCAAAGACAAAUAUACUUGGUUCCAAAG